GUCGACCAGAUCUUCUCCGACGUGCUUGCUCGAGACCACCAAAUGAUGAGUGUAGACGCCACACAGCACGUCUACCUGGCUGUGGCUCUGCUUGUUCGCGGCCAGCUUGGCAUUUCCGACAUUCGUCGCAACAUUGACCGAGCUGACGCUUCCGUUGAACUUCCUGUUGUCUUGCUUUCCCAAAAGGUGUUCUCAUCCCGGCUGAAGUGGACUGCAGUUUCGACCUCGCAUCGGUCUUAUCAUCAUCCCCAGCGGGAGUCGAACCGCGACAGUGCAGCAUGUGAGCCUGACACGUUGACCACUCGGCCACAUUGCCACGAGUAUCCUUGGGUCACAGGACAGAUGUGA